AUUGUCUUUGCCUAUGGAUCGCUCAUCUUCAAGCCGCCACCGCACACCAUUGGUCGCACGGUGGGCUAUGUCAAGGGCUACGCCCGCCGCUUUGCCCAGUCGUCCAACGAUCACCGUGGUACGCCGGAGCACCCCGGUCGCGUCGCCACUCUGGUCCGCUCGUCGGACUGGGCAAAGUUCAUCCCCGAUGACGAUUCGCCCGAGGGCGAUAUUGUAUGGGGCGUGGCCUGGACCAUUGAUCCGAGAAAGGAGAACGAGGUGCGAGCAUAUCUCGACGACCGCGAGAAGAAUGGCUACACCGCCCAGAGCACGCCUGUGUAUGGGCUCGACGAGAAUGGCAACGAGAAUGUGCUGAUGGACGAUGCCCUUCUCUAUGUCGGCCUGCCGGACAACGAAGCCUUCGUUGGGCCUGCCAAGAGCCUUGUUUCGCUCGCUGACCUCAUCUUUUCGUGCGAGGGACCCAGCGGUCGCAAUGACGACUACGUACUCAAGCUGGCCACGGCCUGCCGUCUCCUGUCGCCCGAUGUGGCCGACAGCCACCUAUUUACACUGGAGAGGCUUCUCCUCGAGCUUCGCGCCAAGCACGGCAUGUCAAUGGGCAUCGUCAACCAGAAGGAUCAACGGGAGGUCCGAGGGGUCGUUUGA